AUGACUACACACGAGACUCCAGCCACCUUCGCGGAGAAGCUUGCUGGUAUUGAUGUCAAUGUCACCGAGAUCGAACCAGAGCUGCCCGAGGCUCAAUUUGACAGACUUACCAUGCGAAGCCCAAUACCUCACCAUGUUCCAACCACCACCAUUGAUACUUGCGCGGCCGACGGGAUAACAUAUCGUCCUCGCGAUAUAAGCCCAGCGUAUUCUGCGCGAAGCUCAUUCAACUCUUCCCGUCGUCGAGUCACCCGACACUCCCAUUCGGAAUGGAGCCACAGUCACCACCGCUCAGAAGUCUCCAAGGAGAUUACAAUCCAAGCAGAGAGCGAGUUCUCCGCUCUGAUGGAGCUCAUGGCCGGAAUAUCCAGACGUAGUACCUCUUUGAGAGACGUUUGGCACAAGAUCAUCUCGGAGCGCGAUACUUGCUACUUGGAGAUGGAACGUAUGCACGAGCGGAUCGAAGAGUAUACCGAGACCAUCGAGCGUAUCGAACGCGAUUCUCACAGCCAUGUUCAUGAGCACGAUGAACGCAAGGCAGAGAUCAACAAGCUCAAACUUGAGAUAACAGCUGCCCUUACAAGCGCUUCCGAGUAUAAGAAGAAGCUUUGGGAUCGUGACUGUGAGCUUGGCGAGGCCCGUCGGGAGCUCGCAGAGUCGAAGGACGUCUACAAGUACCUCAAGGAGGAGCAUGAGAAGACCGAGACCACUUUGGAGGAGACCACUCUUCUCCUCGCCGCUACCCAAAACCGCUGCAAGCAUGCCGAGGAUGAUGCCAGGCGUCACGAGUGCUUCCUCAGGGAUGUACAAGAAUCGUACUCGGAGCUCGAGACGAAGUAUUCUGAGACGACCACCAAGUAUGAGUCCACAAAGGCAGAGUUCACCAGCGUCAAGACGAGUCACGAUAUCCUCAAGAAGGAGAAGCAUGAGUGGUUGCAUGAGAAGGGUGAGCUUGAAGAGCAUCUUCGCAAGUGCAACCACCGUCACGACGAAACCAAGCGUAAGCUUAGAGAGAUUACCGAGCACUACGAGUCAGUAGAAAAGGAGUUCAAUGAGAACGUCGAAAAGAAAGAACGCGAAAUUCGUGAACUUCAUGAGAAAGAGUCCAAACUCAGGAGUGAGAAGAAGGAGCUCGAAGAAAGGGUCAAGAUCAUCGCCCGCAACUAUGACGACGAGCACUGCAAAUGGGAGGAUGCCGAGGAACGCUGCGGGAAGUGGAAGCUCAAGUGGGAGCACWCUGAACGUGGGAUUGUUUCCAUCCGCGAGGAGCUUCGCGUCAUCGAGAUCAAGCAGACCGAACUCCGCGAGACCGUCACCAAGAAGACUGAGGAGGUCAAGAAGAUCACCAAACUCAAGGAACACUUUGAGCGUGACUACCACGGCAAGUGCAAGGAAGUUGAUGAUUACCACCGCGAUAUCCUCGUGUUUAAGGAGACGAUCCGUCGACAUGAGUCCACCAUCAAGGAGAAGUCCGAGGAGAUUCAUACUCUGACUGAACGGAUUGAGCGCUAUCAGACUGAAUGCGAGUCCUACCGUACCAGAUGCGAUGACUUCGAAGCCGAACUUACAACCUUGCAAGCUCUUGUUGUGACACUCAAGCUUGAAAUCAGCACAGCCAACAGCGAGCACGAGCACGCUCAGAAGAAGCUUCACGAGUGUGAGACUCGCUAUCAGGAGGUCUGCGAGACUUAUGAGGAGUACCAGGAAGGUAACUCUGGAUUUGAGUUCCAGAUUUCUCAGCUUCGCACGAUGCUCCGUGAGGUCCGCGAGGAGAAGGAGAGGGCAAUCUCUGCUCGCGUCACUGCCGACCAUGAUCGUGAUUUUGCCGUUGCGAGGUAUGAGGCGAAAUGUAGGGAUCUGGAGCAGAUGGAGGAGCACUACUYUCACUACUUCUCUUCGAGUGGUGGCAGUCGAUCUGGAGGUCGGACCAUCAUCAGACGGUCUGGUAAGAGCGGGAACACGACUUGUGGUGAUGAGACGGCGUCGGUUAUUUGUGAUGGGACCGAUUGA